AUGGAGGAGCUUCUAGACGCUUUUGCACUACUCGCUACUCAGAUAGAUCUUCCUGUGAGAUUUUGUUUCUUCAUCGAUGGUCUCGAUGAGUAUACGGAUCGAGCAAAGCGGUAUGACAACACAUUUGAGGAUCUUCUUCGAGUUAUGCAAGACUUAGCAUCUUCGCCUUCUUUCAAGAUUUGUGCUUCGAGCCGCCCAUGGGAUGCCUUCCUGGACGCUUUUGGCGUCCAGCCAUGGCAACUUCGAAUGGAAGACUUGACCAGAGACGACAUCCGCACCUAUGUCACGGACACAUUGUGCAACAACGAUGACUUUGCGGCCCUUACAAAACAAGAUGGCCGCUGCUCUCGAGUAGCCGAAACAAUUGUCAACAGAGCUCAGGGUGUGUUCCUGUGGAUAUACCUUGUCGUGGAGUCUCUGAAGAACGGUCUUGCAAAAGGAGACACGUUCAGAGAAUUGCAGAGUCGAGUUGACGAGCUUCCAGCUGACCUGGAAGAGUAUUUCCAGCACAUGAUCGAGUCAAGAGAGCCGAUAUACUGGGAAAGCACGUCUUGCAUCUUCAAAAUCAUGAUUAAAUCCGGUCAAGCGCUGCCGCUUUUAGCCUUUCAAUUUCUCGAACAGGAGGAAGAAAGCGCGAGCUAUGCGUUGCAAAGGAAGUUCGCCUCCAUUUUGCCCGAAAAUGUGGAAAAGCUGCAUGACAGAAUGAAGAAGCGGCUCAAUGCGAGAGGCAAAGACCUCCUCUACGUCACCUUUCAUCCGGCCAAGAAACCAUUUCUUCAGUACCAAGUCGACUUCUUGCAUCGAACUGUGAGAGACUUCUUCAUUGAUCGAGACGUAAUCGAGGAAACAAAGGCGAAAAGAAAGACUCCACACUUCAACGCGGCACUUUCACUAUGUCGCAUCAAGCUGGCUCUCAUCAAAACCGUGUCCUAUGCGGAAGGAGCGGUCGAUUACAAUGAGGUCUUUCUCUUCGCUGAUGGGUUGAUGCACCAGGCUCGCACGAUUCAACAGGCAUAUCUCAACAACAAUGGGACGUCUGAUAUCAACCCUCAAUAUCUAUCAGAUGCCUUGGAGGAUAUGUUCAACCGGCUAGACGCAUUGGAUCAAACGAACACAUUGAAUGCCAGAGACAAGAGUGUCCACUGGACGAACUUCAGAGAUAUCCCAAACGGCAAAUUCAAGGAAAAGCGGCAGAAGAACUUUCUCGCCUCUGCCAUAAAAGCGAGACUAUCCUUGCAUGCGAAGCACAAGAUCAACAUGGAUCUAGAUCAGGUUCAUAAGAAGACUGGCCGACCCUUGCUGGACUAUGCUUUGCGACCAACGACGGCGACACCUCUUGAACUACCUACUCAAGAAGGUCCAGUCGGAGACAUGGUUGAGUUUCUGCUACAAAAUGGAGCUGAACCGAACCAGAGCAUCGAGUUGUACGGCGGGAAGACACCUUGGCAACUUUUCCUAUCUGUCUGCUACGGCCACAAUCUCCAAGCCGAUAAGUCGAACCUUGAUGAGGAUGAGGUGACAGACACGAUUGUGGCGAUUUUGCUGUCGGGGGCAGAUCACAGAGUCAGAAUUGAUCUCAAUGGUGGUGGAAAAGCAGAUGUCCUAGGUGUUGCUCAAAGACUGGAACUUUCUAGGGCAAAAGUUGAGAGGAUCAAGAGCAUGAUGCACAUCGUUGUGAACUCGAAGCGGCUGGGCUUCAUUGGAACCUUCAGUUCUUGGUGGUGGAAAAAGUCUGAAUAA